AUAUCUUUUUGAUCUGAACUUUUUACAAACAAAGUGCACCAGAAGCCCUCUUUCCGAAAGGAAAUUACAAGUGUCCUUUGGAAAUGAAAGGGAAAUUGCCUGGGAAAAGAAAUGAUUCUCAACGCAAGGUAGUCCCGAAACAUGACCUCUCAUUAAUAUUACUGGAUUUAUUUUAUAAUGUCAUGGCUUCCAUUGCGUAGCUUGUCUUCUUUAAUGGUGCCAUUGAGACCAUACCAAUAACCCCAACUCACCAAAUUAAGUUCACAUAACUGCACCACCAAUGCAAUGCAUUCCUUAUAUCUCAAUAGCCAACUCUCAUACGUUUUCACCCUAAUCCCUCGAUAUCUCAUUCUCUCCCUCCAAUUCUUUGCCAUGGAAUUCUAUGGCAGAAAUUCUCUUCAUGGUUUCAUGGAUGAGGAAAACAAUCUAACGCAAUCACCUCCUCGCCUUUCUAUUAGAACUACUAACGUAGAUAGGUAUGACCAAGAUCUCCAAUUCAGCCCUGGAAGAACUUCUAGCCCCCGAGCAAGUGCCACCAUGCACUCAAUGUUUCCACCGGCUAGUCCUGAAUCACCAUGGACACUCUCUCCUCUUCAAACCCCAUCCCCAGCUCUCCUCUACCAUUGCAUCGCUUCUCUUCACCGCCAGGAAGGCAAUAUCUACUCGAUUGCACUCUCAAAAGGGUUAGUUUUCACUGGCUCAGAUAGCAAUCGUAUCCGGGCAUGGAGGCAGCCUGACUGCAUCGAGCGGGGAUAUAUCAAGGCUAGUUCUGGUGAAGUCCGUGCCAUUUUCGCUUAUGGUAACAUGCUUUUCACUACACAUAGGGACUGCAAGAUCAGAAUUUGGAACUACACGGCUUCAGAUAGUUUUAGAUUCAAAAAGAUAUCAACACUCCCAAAGAGAAGCUCAUUUCUUCUGUUUCCUAAGACAAGCAGCCAACAACACAAAGAUUGUGUUUCUUGCAUGGCUUAUUACCAUGCUGAAGGGCUUUUGUACACUGGCUCAUACGACAGAACAGUUAAGGCUUGGCGGCUUCUAGAUAAAAAAUGUGUAGAUUCAUUUGUGGCUCAUGAAAGCAACGUCAAUGCAAUAGUGGUCAACCAAGAUGAUGGGUGUGUUUUUACUUGCUCUUCUGAUGGAUCGGUGAAGAUAUGGAGGAGAGUAUACAGAGAAAAUUCUCACACGUUAACCAUGACAUUGAAAUUCCAACAAUCCCCUGUUAACGCCUUAGCCUUAAGCACAACAUUCAACAAUUGUUUUCUUUAUUCAGGUUCAUCUGAUGGAACCAUCAACUUUUGGGAGAAAGAAAAAAUGUCAGGUAGGUUCAACCAUGGUGGAUUUUUACAGGGUCAUCGUUUUGCAGUUCUCUGCUUGGCGGCUAUAGAGAAGUUGGUAUUUAGUGGGUCAGAAGAUACAACGAUUAGGGUCUGGAGAAGAGAGGAAGGAAGUUGUUUUCAUGAGUGUUUGGCAGUGUUGGAUGGACAUAGAGGGCCUGUCAGAUGCUUGGCUGCUUGUUUAGAAAUGGAAAAAAUUCUGAUGGGAUUUUUGGUAUACAGUGCUAGUUUGGACCAAACUUUCAAGGUAUGGAGGGUCAAAGUCAUGCCUGAAGAGAAAAUCUGUUUCGAUUUUGCAGAGCGAAACGAUUCAAAGACAAAGACGAUGGAGUAUGAGAUAAGCCCUGUGUUGUCUCCUUCUUGGGUCGAGAAGAAGCUUCAAGGUAAUCAUUUCCAGUGAUUUAAGGCAAUGUGUCCCAUGGUAAUUCAUUUUUAUUUUAUUUUUUUAAUUAGUUUUGUUGCUAGUUCUUUUCUUCGCAAUCUUGUACAAACAAAGGCUUGCCAAAAAUAAAAUCUUGUUAUUUCAAGGAAUUUCCAUGGUUAGCUUUGAAAUCAAUAUUUUCACACAAUGCUGCUUCACAUUUUGGGGGUCAUCUCCAAUGACUUACUUCAAUGAUUGCUUGAUUUCAUGUGACAUAUGAGAAAGACAACUCAUGCCUGAGAAUGAGUCAAAGUGCUCGGAUGAUCUUACAAGCCAAGAAAAUGGCUUUUCUUCUGUUUUCCAAAGAGGGGUUUGGGGUAUACU